AUGCUCAUGAUUUUACUUGGCUACAUUGUGAAAGCCCGCAAUAAAAAUGAAACUACUGGAACAAACACGAUGAUGAUUACUUAUGAUUUCGAUACAAAGCUUGAAAUUUUGAGAGGAGACAGUCUUGCUAUCUAUCAGACGACCUUUGCAGGGGCGGUACACUACGGUAUCUUUUGUACGAAUACCGUCAUAUCGAAAGGCACAAGGUUUGGCCCGUUUAAAGGACGUAUUGUCAACACUAGCGAAAUCAAGACUCAUGAUGAUAACUCUUUUAUGUGGGAGGUUUUCCAAGAUGGAAAACUAAGUCAUUUUAUUGACGGAAGAGGAACGUCCGGGAACUGGAUGACGUAUGUGAAUUGUGCCAGAUAUGCACAGGAACAAAAUCUCAUCGCCAUUCAGGUCGACAGAGAAAUUUAUUAUGAAGCUUGCAAAGAUAUUCCUCAAGGUACAGAACUGUUAGUCUGGUAUGGUGACUGCUAUCUACAGUUUAUGGGUGUUCCAGUUGCACUGAAAGAAAUGGCCGAUGGCGGAGCCCAAGAAGAAGCAGAUUCCAGUGAAGGAUAUCAGUGUGACCGAUGCGGAAAGGUGUUUGCCUACAAAUAUUAUCGAGACAAACAUCUUAAAUACACGCGAUGUGUUGACCAAGGCGAUAGAAAAUACCCCUGUCACUUGUGUACAAGGUCGUUUGAGAAAAGAGACCGCUUACGUAUCCACAUACUACACGUCCAUGAGAAACACCGACCUCACAAAUGCAUUGUCUGCGGCAAAAGCUUCAGUCAGUCGUCAAGCCUGAAUAAACAUAUGCGGCAAUUUCCUGAAGUCCUCUGA